CUGAACUAACUGGUAUGCAGCAACCGGAAGACAUCGGCGAGUUUCAGAAAGAAUUUAAAUAUUUGGUUCAAAGUUGACAGCAAGUUUUUCUUAUUUUAUUUGACUUUGAAUUAAUAGAUUUUUCUUUUAACUUGGGGAAUUGUCCGAGAUGAUACAGGCUUUAAAAGGUGUCAGACACGUAACGUCCGGUACAAUGAAGCAAGCAGUUACAGAGCUCUGUGUACCAGUUCCAUGGGGGGAGAUCAGAGGUAAAAUCUGGGGUCCUGAUCAUGGUCGCCCAGUUCUGUGCCUGCAUGGCUGGGCAGACAACUGUGGGACGUUCAACACGCUGCUCCCUCUUCUACCUAAAGACUUCAGAUAUGUUGCAAUCGACCUGGCGGGUCACGGCUGCUCAUCCCACCGUCCUCCUGGAGUUCUGAAUGUCUUCCCCUCUUACGUGAUGGACAUGCGCAGAGUUGUUGAUGCUCUACAGUGGAGCAAAUUCUCCAUCAUUGGCCACAGCAUGGGUGGUAACAUAGGUGGAAUGUUCAGCGCUCUCUAUCCAGAGAUGGUGGAUGCCUUGGUGCUGCUGGAUUCCUACGGAUUCUUACCCACAGAUCCGAAAGAAAUGCCCAGAAUAUUACGACAGGGGCUGGAUGAGAUGAUACAGUUUGAAAAGAAGAUGGAAGAAAAGAAGAUGAGAGUUUACACUUACGAAAAAGCCGUUGAGAGGCUUUUGGCUGGAAACCCAAGUUUGACUGAGGAGUCUGCAAAGAUCCUCCUAGAGCGAGGUCUAGUUAAAGUUGAAGGAGGAGUUCUGUUCUCCAGAGACUUUCGGAUCAACCUGAGAAACGUAGUACGGAUCAGUCUGGAGCAGAGUCUGGAGCUGCAGUCAAGCAUAGAAGCCCCUGUCCUUGUUGUUCUAGCAGAAAGUGGCUUUGAGAAAAUGUUUGUCGAGUCUGAUCAGAAGAAAUACACAUCAGCUCUUCUUCAGGCCUUCAGGGACCGACAUAACACGGUGGUGCAGGUUCCAGGCAAUCAUCACGUCCACCUGAAUAACCCUGAAGUGGUCGCACCGGUUGUGUCAGAGUUCCUGCAGAACAAAGCACUCUCAGCAUCAACAGGCUCAGACAAUGUUCAUCCUCCUAAGUUAUAGUGAACACACUAUAGAACAAACUUUCAUCUUUCAAAUUUUGUCAAUUUUUGCGAUUCCAGGUUGUGAAUUAAAUAAAGUUGAAACACAUACUUAAAAAAUUUUUUCACCCUAUUGGUCUGAUGAUAUUUUUAUUGCCAGGCCAAUAGUGUUUCCAUUACUUUUUAUAAUAAUGGAGUUAACCAGAAAUGAACUUGAAAUUAUUUUUGCUUUUGGGAAUAUUUAAGGUUGUGGCAAAAGACUCUUCAGAGGAAACAAAUCAAACAAAUUUAGGCUUUCAGUUAAUUCAAUGUGACCAUUACAAGGUGAUCAACUGCAGGAUGAAACUGGUGAAAAUCCACCACUGUCCUCAUAGCAAAAUGUAAUUUCAACUUCAGGGAUUAAAGAGUGUGUUCUUUAUUGUUGUUUUUCACACCUGUUGUAUCAUCUGGAAGGUGUCAAAGGUGAUUGAUCUUUUAACUCGUUUCAAUGUUUUCUUUCUGUUGUAGAUAAACUAUAUACUUGGUGCCAUUAAGUAAAAGACCCUGUUGUUUUAUUUUUUCCUGGUCUUUAUGUAGUAGACAUGUUUAUUUUAGUCUGUCUAAAUCAUCAGUCUCUUAUUAAAAACAAUGUGCCAUUCCUCCCACAAUACCUAUGUAAAUGGUGGGGUUCCUCAAGGUUCAGUUUUUGGCCUAUUAUUAUUUUUAUUCAGUUUUUCCAUUGACAAGCAUCAUUUAGUCUUUUUCUGACAUUUUCUUUAACCGCUAUGCUAAUUACCUUCACAUAUCCUUUAACCAUAUAUUAAACAGUCUGUCCACCCUAAUCCACUGGUUGACUGACUUUUUUGAAAUUAUCUUGUUCAAAACGUCCAUUAAGGUUGAGACUAUUCUCCACUGAACUUGCAAUCAAAUAAUUAGUCAAGCUUGUGCUUCCUUUUGCUCAAUCACCAAAUAAAGCAUUCAUUGAUUUGUUUUCAUGCCUCAGUCCUUGUUGGAGAUGUGGUGCCAAAUUAUUUUUCUUUCAUGUUUCAGACUCUGUUGAUUGGCUUUUUAAUUUUCUAAUUAUCUGCUUACGUAGUUCUUUAUGUCUCUGAAAAGCACUUUCUCAAUAAAUUUUACUUGGAUUUCAAUUUUA